AUGGCAAGUCACCGAACGCACACUCGGGUGAAUGGCGCCCCGGACUAUGACGACCCCCACUUUUGGGACGCCAGAUUUGCAACUGGCCAGGAUGUCGGCGAAUGGCUCAAUUCUGGCGAAGCUCUGAUUGACGCGGUCUUGUCGGACCUAGAACACCAGCCAAGCUUCGAUGGUCAAACUCCACGUAUCUUGCAUCUCGGGCCGGGAGUUUCGAAGCUGGGCCCAAAGCUGAGAGAUGCUUGCGCCCAGCGGCAGUGGAAGGGGCGUGGCAUCGUGAAUGUGGAUUUUUCCGCGGAAGCUGUUCGCCUCGGCCAAGAUGCUGAGAACCAGAUUUCUCGCGACCACGCCAUGCAUUGGCACCAUGCCGACUUGCUCUCAUGGGAUGACAUUUCCAGCGUGUCGUCCUUUGCACCUUUUGACGUGAUUGUUGACAAAAGUACGAGCGACGCGAUCGCCACUUUCGACGAUCAAAGAUUUACGGCGACUGAUGACAUGUCGCGUGUAUGCCCUACUGUCAAAGACAUUCUUUCUCAGCAUUCCUCCCUAGCUCUGUCGCCAGUGGAAGUACUUGCCUUACACCUCGUUCCGUUGACCCGGAAUGAUACCACGUGGAUUGUGCUAUCAUACUCGAGCUUACGAUUUGACAAUCUCCAAUUCUUCGGCAGAUAUUGGUCACUACGAUCGCGCAUCCCUCUGAAAGCGCCUCCAGGGCCCGUGUCUUCCUCUGCCUAUACUCCCGAGGUUUUCCAUUGGCUGUAUAUCUUGGACCGGAAGUAG